CGCCACCCGCUCGUACGGAGCUGUCAAAUCGCCUCCGACGGGCAACCAAUUCGAACGCACGCCGCGUUGCGCUCGUCCGCGAUUAAUUCCCACAGCCGUGUGUUUAUUUGUUAUACAUGACGUGUGCACCAUAACCCGAGGAGAUGAACGGCAGUGCAACCACGACGGUCAACGGUGGCGCCAUUAACGGCACUAAUGGAAAUAUCAAUGGAAACAUCAACGGGAUCACCGCUCCGCGCACGGCAACUCUUGGUACUCCCACCAGCUACGGGUAUGCGUCAACUGGAUCACUGUUGGGCAGGGGCGGUUCAGCCAGGCCGGUGCCGCCUCCGACGCUACCCAAGUACAGUGGAUCGUUCAGCGCCGGCAGCAACACUGGACUAAGAGAGAGAGACAGAGAAGGUACCGGCGGCUCGCAUCGACUGGCCAGUCUGGAGCGCCUGGCACUGCGGCAACGUAUUAUUGAGCAAAAUGCUAAUAAUCAGGUGGUGGCCGCGGCUCCGCUCAAUGCUGCCUCGACGAACGGAGUUCCCACCUCUGCCACGGUCACCCUCACAGACACAGCCACAUUGCAAAGUAAACGCGAGCUGUUUUUCAAAUCGGAGUCCGUGAGCGGCGGCGGCGUGAGCGCUCCGCCGCUCGCUGUGAAGGACGGCAGUGGCCUGGUGAAGAGAGCCACCACGCUGCCCGAGCCGCACGAGAACCACGCCGAGGCGAACGGCGUCGCCGCCAACAAGCUGAGCGGCAACGUCGCCGUGGACGGCAAGACCGACAGCAAGCCCCAGAUGCCGGCACCGGCGCCGCCAGUGCCUACUGCUGCGCCACCACCUGUGCCCACUGCUGCGCCGCUCAGGAAUAUAGAGAAUAUCAUUAAGAAGCCUGAUCACCCGCCGGUUGCCCCUAAACCAGAGCUGCCUAAACUAGAGAAACCAAAAACCAAAGAACUAGAUGGAUAUGUCGGAUUCGCUAACUUACCAAACCAGGUGUACAGGAAGGCAGUCAAAAAGGGCUUCGAGUUUACGUUAAUGGUCGUUGGUGAAACCGGUUUGGGCAAGUCGACGCUAAUCAACUCGUUAUUCCUGACGGAAGUGUACGAUAAGGACAAACACCCGGGGCCCUCGCUGAGGGUCAAGAAGACAGUUGGCGUGGAGACCAGUGUCGUGAUCCUCAAGGAGAAUGGAGUCAAUUUGACCUUGACAAUAGUGGACACGCCAGGCUUCGGUGACGCUGUUGACAAUAGCAAUUGCUGGCAACCGAUAAUCGACUUCGUUGAAUCGAAAUACGAGGAGUUCCUGAACGCGGAGUCGCGCGUGACGCGUCAGGCCGCGCCGCCUGACACGCGCGUUCACUGCUGCCUGUACUUCAUAGCGCCCAGCGGCCACGGGCUCAAGCCGCUCGACGUGGAGUUCAUGCAGCGGCUCGGAGACAAGGUCAACAUCAUACCCGUCAUCGCGAAGGCCGACACGAUGACGCCCGAAGAGUGCAAGGACUUCAAGGAGCAGAUAAUGAAAGAAAUAGCUCAGCAUAAGAUCAAGAUCUAUGACUUCCCGGAGAGCACGGGCGAGGAAGGAGACGCCGCAGAGGCGACGAAGGCGCUACGGACUCGUGUGCCCUUCGCCGUGGUCGGGGCAAACACAGUCAUCGAACAGGAGGGCAAACGUAUACGCGGACGGAAAUACCCCUGGGGCAUCGCUGAAGUUGAGAAUCUUGAACAUUGCGACUUCCUGGCACUCCGUAACAUGGUGAUCCGGACUCACCUCCAGGACCUGAAGGACGUCACCAGCUCCGUGCAUUACGAGAACUAUCGGUGUCGCAAGCUGGCCGGACUCUCGCACGACGGGAAGCCGCACCGAAUGAACUCGAACAAGAAUCCGUUGGUUCAGAUGGAAGAAGAGAAGAGAGAGCACGAUCUUAAGAUGAAGAAUAUGGAGAGUGAAAUGGAACAGGUGUUCGAUUUGAAAGUGCGUGAGAAGCGCGCCAAGCUGAAGGAAUCAGAGGCGGAGUUGGGGCGGCGGCAUGAGGCCACGCGGCGCGCGCUGGAGGCACAGGCCCGCGAGCUGGAGGAGCGGCAGAGGGCGCUGCUGGCUGAACAGGCCGCCUGGGAGCGGGACACUGGCCUGUCGCUAGAUGACCUGCGCCGCCGCUCGCUCGAGGCCAACAGCAAGGAAACGGUGGACGGAAAGGACAAGAAAGACAAGAAAAAGAAAGGUUUGUUUUAAUGUCGGCGUUGUGUUGGCUUCGCACCCACCGUUACCCAUACGUGACUAACACGACUCUUACCUGAUAGACGUUCUUCACGAACCAUAUUAUAUAUCGUAUUUAGGGCGUACGUAUUUCGAUCGGUAGAUGUUAGGCGGCGACUCGAACGAUCCGUUACAGCGGAGUUUUAUUCAUCAAUGCGCUUUAAUAUUUGGUUUUUAUUCGCUUUAAAAAUUUUGCUAAACAGAUUCAGUACGAUGUCGUUUUGUAUGUAUUAUGUUGAUGCAGUCGAUUUUAAGUCUUAUCAAAACAAAUUUUAAACACUAAAUUGUACUAGAUGUUUCUUGUAAUGACAUUGUAUUAAAUUAUACAGUUGAUGUAAUUAUUAACGAUUGCAGCGACAAUUUUGUUCACAGUCAUCUCGAGAAUUGCUUUCAGCUUGUUGCUAAAGAAAUUGUUGUACAUACAUUAACGGUAAUGGUUUUGUUUUUAAGGUAAAUAUGCCACGUAUCGUAAUGUGUUGAAGAAAUAUACAUUGUAAUUAUUUUGUGAAUGUUGUGCGGGAUACGAUGAGAUUAUUUAACGUAGUGCCAUUUCAGUGAGCGAAGGAGGAUGCUAUCCAUUCCGUACUAAUACUGUAUGUAUGUAUACUUGUCACUAUAUAUACCCUGUGUAUUUGUUUUAUGGACUUUUCAAAUUAUCAUUCCUUGAUCUCCGUUUUGUGAUAAAACUUUAGUGGUCUCUGGACAUUAUUAGCACUAAUAACGGAAAAUUUUUCAACGUUUCGAGGAUUUUUGUAUUGAGACAUUUUUCUAGGUUAUUGCAAGCGUCAUGUUAACAAGACGAAAGUUUGCAGUUAAGUAUUAAUUAUGACGCUGUUUUGUGAUCUUAAUACUUGCAAUUACGUCGGUGUACACAAAAAUCCAUGAUCCGUUUUGUAUUAAUUUAAUGUAUAUAAAUAACAUGACGUGUUGGACGAUUAUAAUAUUUUAUAGUAUAGUUUGUCAACUGACUAACAGGCAAUAGUGACAUAUUUUGUAAUAUGAUUGUGAAGUUAACAUGCAAUACGUUUUUACUUUUGUACACUUAUUUAUUAAGUUGGUAUAGUUAUGUAUUUAUUAUUUAUAUUGUGACUUUCAGAUUGGUCAUUUAAGAAUGUCGCAAGUGGAAUAUAGCCUUGUAAUGACCGAAGCUAGAUACCGUUUAUAUUUAAGUAUGAGUUUGUAAUAAUUGAACAACGAUUUCAAAAGACUAUACCGAAUUUAACGUUUUUAUUUAGGGGCUGAUUUUAUAUUAGUUUAUAUCUGACGAUAUUGUAAACAUUGAACAGAUGUAUAGGGUCACUGGCUUGCGAAUUGUGUUUUAAAACAGCAAUGACAAUUAUUAUUUUAUGUCAUUUUAGUCUUUUAGACUGGAUGCGCACGAAAGCGAGUCUUAUGUGUUUUGCGUCUUAUAUGAUGCGUUCAGGAACCGCCCAUUAUGAACAACAUAAAAAUAGACUGUUUUGCAAGAACAAAUUUCUUAUCUGUGGCAAUGUUAUUAUUGUUAAAAAGAAGAAUAACAGCUAACAGAAAACUUUUCAAUCACGCCAUUAACAUAUCAAAUUUAUGGUGGUCCUAAUAUGCGGCUCGUGAAUGCAAAAUGGAGGCUUAAGAUAUGUGGGUAGGUUAAAAAGUAUAUGUAACUGUACCUAAUUAGGCAUUAAAACGCUUGUGUGAUGGUAUUAUCCAGCAUUUAAUGCCCUUCAUUAUGUAGUCGCAUAAACUACUAUUAUCUGUUCAGUGUUCAUUAACUUAGAUCAUUUAUACGUCAAGGUAGACUAUGACAGCUGUGACAACGUCAAAAAAAAAUUAGUUUAGAACUAAUCUCUAUUUUGAGAAAUGCACGCGCACCAAGGUGGAUGUAAAUACCACGUAAUAAGAGGCCUGAGUAAAAAUUGAAAUAUAGUUUAGUAUGAAACGUGCAGUGAUUUGACAUAAGUUUGAAAUAGUAGUAAUUGCAGUAUCGCGGUAACGAAGUAUAAUCCGGCUAAGUUUGAAAGUGAACAGUUGCUUACAAUUGCAAACGUGCAUGACUGCACGUUUCAAACAAUCGAGUGAAUCGCUUUUUUCUUAGCGAGUUUCGCUAGGCUGACGCACACUAAGACAAAGUGUCAUUCAAAUCGCGAGUGUAAGACGUAGCUUGUCACGCACACUAAAGUAUUAUACCUGGCCUGUUUUUAUCGGUUGUCGAACAUCAAGAGACUCUAUCUAGACGUAUUAAUUAUCUAAGUUUAUUAACUACAUUAUAAAAGUAUAAUUUAUGUUAUACAAGUUUCUAACACACGUUUGUCUACUUCCAUGACAAAGCAUUUAUUCUAGGCCUAAUUUUUUUUUACGGCUUUUUACACGCGACAGUGUGAUUCUUCCAUUCGCGCUUUCGACUUUGAAUUCGACAGAUACGUCCGCAGUGUUGCCAAAUUAGCAUAAAAUAGUUGAAAUUAAAAGAUUCCAUUUCUAAUGUAUUGAUUAUUGAAAUAAUAACUGUACAAUUUGGCUCAAUGUUAAAAAAUUAAAUUAAUUUAUUGUGUGUGGCUUAGAAGAUGUUGAUUGAGUUUGAGAUUGUGAACGCUAUGUAUAUUAAGUGCUGUACACACGAUUUGAUAGUAUAUUAAAUAAUUGAAACACGAUUCUAAAUUUUAGUGUAACUUUUGAAUAUUUUUUAUAUCUUUUCUAAAUUUGGUGUCACGCUUUGACACGUUCUUGUGGUGUCGUGCUUAGUGAUGUGAAGUCGCUCUUAGUUCGUUGGCGUUAGGACCUAGCUGUAGGUAUUUAUUCGCAGUUCUACAUGUGGUGCCGGCGUUAUUAAAUAUUACUCAACUUGUUCAUGGUCAGUGAGAAGAUUGAAACUGAUGAAAUCAUCAGGAUGGUCCCACUGUGACACUUUAUUUGCUGACAAGCAGUAGUAGUAGAAUAUAGCACGAUGAGAAGUCAAAGUCAAAUUUCUUUAUUUGCAAAAAAACUAAAGAAAUUACAGCUAAAAUAGUUACAAAUUUAGAACAUGUUUCGUCUUGACAGACAUGCAAAUAUUCCAGUGGUCACGUUUUAUAACUAAUAUUAUAAACUAACAUAAAUCAAUAACUGGUAAAUUCAAGUUGGCCAACGUAAAGCCAUACCUAUAAAAGCCUACAAUAUACAAUUACAACGUCAUUUUUUUUCAUAUAAGUGAUAAGAUGUUAAAAGAGAUAAUAUAGUAAAAAUAAUCACUAAAUAUUAUAAGAAUAAGAAUAAUAUUGGUGCCAGUUACCACUUGGUUUUAUAAUAUUCGGGUAUUGAGUAGACAGGUCCUGUACUCGGCUCUCUCGGUAUCUCAGAUUUUUUUUUUUAAGUUUCCUGAACAUCAGGUGAACUUGUACUAUCAUUAAAAUCAAUUGGGGGUCGCGACAAACGAGAUCUUUUUGAAACAAUUGUCGAAGAAUGCUAAGAAUACGUUAAAGUUAAUUUGAGACUGUAUGGUUUUAAGUCGAUUCCCAUCUCGAUCCUGGACGUUCCUGAGCAUAUCUCUAAAUUUAUUAUUUAUUCGUUGUUAUAGCUUCGAAUAAAGUAUCCUAAUUUUUUAUAUAAUCUAUCUUUGAAUUACACUUCGGUCGCAUAUUAAACAGAGUUUAUCAAGUUUCUAAAGCUGAGAUUUAUAAAGAGUACUUUGACUUUUCACAGACUUUACUCACGCAAAACUUAGCUGAGUGUAAGCUUAGAAUAAUUUUAUAGUCAUUUAACAGCUGUAAUUAUUCUGUGCUCAAGCUAAUACUGGCCAAUGCACAAAAGUAGAGUUCGCGUUUUAUCAUACUGAGCUACGUUUUACGUGAGUAAAAUCUAAGUAAAGUCUAAGUACGCUCUUAGCCUAAGUGAUAUAUCAUUAGAUUCUGUGUCUGACAAACAUAUCAAGAUGUAUUCGGACGGUUGGCUAAGUGGUUGAAGCGUUGGGGCGUAUCCUUAGAAGCGCAGUUUCGAAUCCAUUGGAAUGUUAAUUAUAUUUGAAUCAUUCGUUGCUACAACUUCAUUGAGAAUUGUGGAAUUGUAAAACUGCCGCGGCACGUGUCGCUAUAGUUUCAAGUUGAGUAACCGUUAAUGACCGCUGGCUCUCAUUGUCUUAUUUAUCUAGUAUGACGCAAUAUGUUACGCGCGUUCAGUUAUUCCUAAUAUUUACUGACUAAUAAUAUUAUAUACUAUAUACUGUUGUGAAUGAUACGUAAUUUAAUUAUGUUAUUCCAUAUUAGCCUCUUAGAUUGUAUUGAUUUGUAAAUAUUUUUGUUUAGUUGCAGUGACAUUUAUAAAUCUAUAUAAAAGUUAUUAUUCGAGUAAUUUAUGUAACGCAUAAUCGUUUCGCUUCGCAUGAAUCAAUUUUGAUAAUUUUUCUUGAAAAAAUUACGACAGUUCUGACGUUUGCGAUUUAUAGAAACAUUUUUCAGUUAUAUUUCUUUACAAGCAACUUAUAAAGAAUGAAUGGGGUUUAUUUAAUCGUACUGUCUUAUUAAUAAAGGCAAUGAAAAAUUUAUUCCAAGUUUAAAAUUACUUCUACCUGUCUAUCUAUUCUGUAGUGACAAAGGUAAGAUAAACACAAACGGCCUUACAAAUAAACUUGGUAUAAAGUUAUACCUGCGGUUAAACCAAGAAUAUGGAAAAUGUUGACUAUAUCGCUGACAACACUGUCACUACAAUAAUAAUAAUAAUUCUGAAGUUUUCCAAAUGUCAAGCAGCCUUGCAAAUAAACGCGGGAAAUGUUAUACGUCCGAUUAAACCAAUCGUAAACAAGAUUUCUAUUUAAAACAUUUUGCAUAUUAUUUAUUGUCAGGUUGGUAUAACUUUAUGCCAUUUUUAGGCCGAAAAAGUUUUAAACUUGGAAUAACUUUACUUCGCGUUUAUUAAUAAGACAUAAACUGUGUUUAUUAAUUAAUAUUUAUUAAUAACACAGCUACUGUCCUAUUAAUAAAUUUAUUAAUAAACGCAAUUUAGAGUUACUCAAGUUAUUUCUCCCUGUCAUGUAAUUCUGUAGAAACAAAGGUAAGAUAAGAACAAAAAGUUUUAAAUUUGAAAUAACAUUACACCGCGUUUAUUAAUAACACAGUAUAUGUCUUAUUAAUAACCGCAAUAUAAGAUAAGGACAAAAAGUUUUUAAACUUGGAAUAACUUUACGUCACGUUUAUAACACAGAUAAUGUAUUAUGCUGUGUCUAAGGGAAAAUAAUUGUAGUUUCUGAACAAUUAAAGUUAAUAUUCAGUUUUGAGUAUCCGAAUACACCAGUAUUGAGUUCCGUGUUAAAGUUAGUGUGGUAGUUAUGUAAGUGUAAUGCUUAGUUUUGUAUUUCGUGUAGGUACCAGUGUACCUCUGCGAACAUUUGCUUAGUCAUUACGAGGAUGUGAUGUAUGUAGGAGCGAUUUUCGGACGGUGUAAUAUAUUGUACCUUUUAAAUAUAAAUAAAUACGUAAUAUAUAGGA